AUGCAAAACAAUCGGCGAAUAUUUUUCUACCCGCUUAGUUUCUCACCGCGCUCUCAUUCCAGUUCCAGCUGUCGUUUCUCUAUCACACUAAGGAGUUUCCGACGAGAUAUCUACCGUCCGAUCACUGGGAAAGAACGACUUUUCGGGCAGACGCCACUGGAUCCUCCACGUCAUCUCAGAUUCGAUAUCCCUUCAGAGUUUAUAGCCUCCGACAUAGUGAGAUGCCGUCGACAAGUGACUCGGUUUUUGAAGGAUGUUGAGCCAAGGAUUCGAGAAACUCUGGUUUUGUAUGCUAUUCAGCUCUACGGAGAAAGCGGAGGAAGAGCGUUCAAGCUCAAAGCUGAUGCGGAAGAUGUUGAAUUGCACUUGAUGGAAGAAAGUAAAGGCUGGAGUACAACUUGUAUCUCGAAAUCCAUUGAUCCGGUCAGCGAAUGUAUUAUCUGCCUUGAUGAAUCGGAUCCUUCGUACCCGCCGCCGUUUUUUACCGCCGGUGGAGAGAAGCACGAUCACCUAAAUCAGCUGCGCCAGAGAGAAGUAAUCGGCGACGGAUUCUGGCGGAAGAGGCAGAACGAAGGAAAAGAGGAACAAGAUGAAGGAGAAAGGAACAGAACGAAGAAGAACGUCUAA